AUGGGCACAGAAAAGACAACCACUACUCUGGAGGCUAUCAACAAUGAGACUGUUGAUCUGGAAAACAUUCCUAUUAAGGAGGUUUUCGAGAAUCUGAAAUGUACAGAAGAGGGACUCAACUCUGCGGAGGUUGAGAAACGUUUAAAUGUGUUUGGUCAUAACAAACUCGAAGAGAAAAAGGAGAGUAAAAUACUGAAGUUUUUGGGAUUCAUGUGGAAUCCUCUUUCAUGGGUAAUGGAAGCAGCAGCAAUCAUGGCUCUUUUUCUUCCACAUGGAAAGCACAAGGGAGUUGAUUAUCAAGACUUUGUUGGCAUUGUUGCACUACUUAUCAUAAACUCAACAAUUAGUUUUAUAGAAGAGAAUAACGCUGGAAAUGCAGCUGCUGCUCUUAUGGCUCGGUUAGCUCCAAAAGCCAAGGUUUUACGGGAUGGGAAAUGGAAUGAAGAGGACGCAGCCGUGUUAGUUCCUGGAGACAUCAUUAGCAUAAAACUCGGGGAUAUAAUUCCAGCUGAUGCACGUCUACUUAACGGUGAUCCAUUGAAAAUUGAUCAGUCUGCUCUUACAGGAGAGUCCCUUCCAGUUACCAAAAAUCCCGGUGAUGGUGUAUACUCUGGGUCAACAUGUAAACAAGGUGAAAUAGAAGCUGUUGUUAUUGCUACCGGAGUUCACACUUUCUUUGGAAAGGCUGCUCAUCUAGUGGAAAAUACUACACAUGUUGGACAUUUUCAACAGGUAUUAACUUCUAUUGGUAACUUUUGCAUCUGCUCAAUUGCAACUGGUAUGAUCAUUGAGCUCAUUGUAAUAUUUGGGGGACAACAUCGACAUCCUCGUGAAGCUGUUGAUAGCCUUCUUGUUCUGCUCAUUGGUGGAAUUCCCAUUGCCAUGCCAACAGUUCUCUCCGUAACUAUGGCAAUUGGUUCUCAUCGAUUAUCUCAGCAGGGAGCUAUUACAAAAAGAAUGACAGCUAUAGAGGAGAUGGCGGGGAUGGAUGUCUUGUGCAGUGACAAAACUGGCACUCUAACUUUGAACAAAUUAUCAGUGGACAAAAAUCUGAUUGAGGUUUUCGCGAAAGAUGUUGAAAAGGAUAUGGUAGUUUUGAUGGCUGCCAGAGCUUCCAGGCUGGAGAACCAAGAUGCAAUUGAUACUGCGAUAGUGUCCAUGCUUGCUGACCCUAAGGAGGCACGAGCUGGUAUCACAGAGGUUCAUUUCCUUCCGUUCAAUCCAACUGAUAAGAGGACAGCUCUUACCUACCUAGACAGCGCCGGUAAAAUGCACAGAGUGAGCAAAGGUGCUCCAGAGCAGAUUUUGAAUCUGGCUUGGAACAAAUCAGACAUUAAAAAUAGAGUACAUUCAGUAAUAGAUAAGUUUGCUGAGCGUGGGCUUCGAUCUCUUGCAGUUGCUCGCCAGGAAGUACCAGAAGGUACAAAGGAUAGUCCUGGUGGCCUUUGGGAAUUUGUUGGUCUCCUCCCUCUAUUUGAUCCACCACGUCAUGACAGUGCUGAAACAAUUAGAAGAGCUCUUGAACUUGGAGUUAGUGUUAAGAUGAUUACAGGUGACCAGUUAGCUAUAGGUAAAGAAACUGGGAGACGUCUUGGGAUGGGAACGAACAUGUAUCCUUCAUCAUUUUUGCUUGGAGAACAAAAGACUUCCUCAGCUGCAGUCCUUCCAAUUGAAGAACUCAUUGAAAGCGCUGAUGGAUUUGCCGGUGUCUUUCCUGAGCACAAGUACGAAAUCGUGAGAAUCUUACAAAGCAGGAAACACAUUUGUGGUAUGACUGGUGAUGGAGUAAAUGAUGCACCUGCACUGAAGAAAGCCGAUAUAGGAAUUGCUGUAGCAGAUGCAACAGAUGCAGCUCGGGGUGCUUCAGAUAUAGUUCUGACUGAACCAGGACUAAGUGUUAUUAUCCAUGCUGUAUUGACAAGCCGUGCUAUUUUCCAGAGGAUGAAAAAUUACACAAUAUAUGCAGUGUCCAUCACAAUCCGUAUUGUGUUAGGAUUCAUGUUGCUGACUGCAUUUUGGAAAUUCAAUUUUCCCCCAUUUAUGGUCCUUGUCAUUGCCAUUCUUAAUGACGGCACAAUCAUGACUAUAUCCAAGGACAGAGUCAAGCCAUCUCCACUUCCUGACAGUUGGAAGCUCAGUGAAAUAUUUGCAAUAGGAAUUGUGCUAGGCAGUUACCUCGCCUUGAUGACCGCUUUAUUCUUCUAUUUAACUUUUGAGACCAGCUUCUUCGCGAACGCCUUUCACGUGACAGAUUUCAACAAACAUAUUCCAGAAAAUAAGGUCAUCACAGAUUCUCUAAAUGCAAAACUAGCUUCAGCUGUAUAUCUCCAAGUUAGCACCAUCAGCCAAGCAUUGAUCUUUGUUACACGGUCCCGAGGAUGGUCAUUCAUGGAAAGACCUGGCCUACUCCUUGUUGUUGCCUUUAUUGUUGCUCAGUUGGUUGCAACUUUUAUGUCUGCUAUGGUUACAUCUGUUAAAUUUGCUGGUAUUGAGAAGAUCGGAUGGAGAUGGACCGGUGUGAUUUGGUUGUUUAAUAUUAUUACAUAUUUUCUCCUUGAUCCCAUCAAAUUUGCUGUUCGAUAUGCUCUCAGUGGUAGAGCCUGGGGCUUACUACUGAACCAAAAGACGGCUUUCACCAACAGAAAGGACUUUGGUAAGGAAGCUCGCGAAGCAGCAUGGGCUGCUGAACAGAGGACAAUUCAUGGCCUUCAAUCUGUAGAAACUAAAACAUUUCCAGAGAAUUACACUUUCAAGGAGAUCAGUGUAAUGGCUGAGGAAGCAAAAAGGCGCGCAGAUAUUGCAAGGUUGAGGGAACUUCACACACUUAAAGGGAAGGUAGAGUCAUUUGCAAAGCUUAGAGGAUUAGAUGUUGAUCAUGUCAAUCCACAUUACACGUUGUAACGAGAGGAGAGUCUUCGGAUAUCAUUCCCCUUUUCUCAUUUGUGGAGUUCUUCGCCUUGUUUUCGUUUGCAGUUUUAGUUUUUAUCAUUUGCUCAAUUUGUCAAAUAAG